GGAGUCUUCGUGAUACAUAUAUAUACCUGUGUGAGUCCAACGUCAAAGGCAGUCAUGAUCUCAAAAUAGCUCUGAUUCGAAAACCAUGGCACUAUCUACGUCUCUUGCCCUUGCAGCAGCCGCUGCAAUCUUCUCAACGCCCGCUCACGCUGGACUAUAUCCAAAAAGUUCAGCAGUGCUCUCCAUCACGGGGAAAACAUAUGACACGCUCAUUGCACAAUCGAAUUAUACCUCCAUCGUUGAAUUCUAUGCACCGUGGUGUGGGCACUGUAAAAAUCUGCAGCCGGCUUAUGAAAAGGCCGCACAAAACCUCAAAGGGCUGGCCAAAGUUGCUGCGGUCGACUGUGAUGACGAUGCAAAUAAGCCAUUCUGCGGUAGCAUGGGUGUUCAGGGUUUCCCAACCUUGAAGAUCGUUCGACCAGGCAAAAAGCCGGGACGACCCAUCAUCGAGGAUUACCAGGGAGCUCGUACCGCAAAGGCCAUCGUCGAUGCAGUCGUUGAGAAGAUUCCCAACCACGUUAAGCGCGUCACGGACACGACCAUGGAUGAGUGGCUCAAGGAGGCCAAUGGCAAGGCGAAAGCCAUUCUAUUCAGCGACAAAGGUACAACGAGCGCUUUGCUCAAAUCACUGGCAAUCGACUAUCUUGGUAGUGUAUCGGUAGCGCAGGUACGAGACAAAGAGAAAGACACUGUCGCCAAGUACGGUAUCACCAAAUUUCCCACAUUCGUUGUAGUUCCAGCCGGUUCAGAGGAACCACUCGUCUACAGUGGAGAUCUCAAAAAGGAAGCCAUGAGCAAGUUUAUCACAGAGAGCACUUCCAUAUUACCUAACCCAGAUCCGGCGCCAGAAGGAGUUAAGAAGUCCAAGCCUAAGAAGGAUAAGAAGGCGGAAAAGGGUUUCAAGCAAUAUGCUUCCGAUCGUUCCGAGGAUACUUCGUCCGAGCCCGUCGACUCAUCUUCAGAGACCCUUGAAGAGGAGACGAAGCCGUCAUCAGACACGACCGCGGAUUUUGCCAAGCCAGUUGAAGCUGCAGAACCUAUCCGAUCGCUUGAAUACCUCAACACGGAAUCCGAGCUACAUACAAAAUGUCUCAACCCUAAAGCCAAGACGUGCGUUCUUGUCCUUGUGCCGAGAGAAGACGGGAAGGAGGAUGGAACUUCGAAUUCUGCAGAAUUAGCCAUUUCAAAUCUGAGCGACAUCCGCCAUCGGUUGUCAGGUCGUGGUAUCUUCCCAUUCUACGCUGUUUCAGACGCAAAUCCUCUGGCGUCUUCAAUCCGAGAGGCUCUUUCGCUGAAAGCAAACGCUGUAGAGAUCAUCGCCACGAAUGCGAAAAGGUCUUGGGUGCGCAGGUACGAAGGGGAAACAUUUGGAGUGGCAGAACUCAGCGACUGGGUCGAUUCCAUCAAGAUGAAUGAGGGCAGGAAAGAGAAGCUACCGGAGCAUUUGAUCAGCGAUGCAGACUACACCACACCGAAGUCAGAGGUCCCUGUCCCCGAAGCUUCUGAAGAGCCACUCGCGGCCCCCAAAAUUGUGACGGAUGGCGGCCCGAUCAUUAUUGAAGAGAUUGAGGAGAUCGUUGAUGAGCCAUGGAAGGAGGACGUCAAGGAUGAGUUGUAGGGACCAGAAUGUCACACAUCUGGACUCGUGAUCAUGUGUACUUAGUGCUUCCCCUUAGCGUUGUCAUAAAUUUGGAGUUGGGAAUAAUUCGGGAUAUUUUCAAAUCGACGUGCUCGUCUUGAUGAACCUGACA